GGGGGGCGGUGAGGCAGGCACAGCCCCCCGCCCCCAUGGCCGCCCGUCGGAGCCAGAGGCAGAGGGGGCGCCGGGGGGAGCCGGGCUCCGCCCUGCUGGCCCCGCUCGUGCUGGGCCUGGGCCUGGCGCUGGCCUGCCUUGGCCUCCUGCUGGCCGUGGUCAGCCUGGGGAGCCGGGCAUCGCUGUCUGCCCAGGAGCCUUCCCAGGGGGAACUGGUGGCAGAGGAGGACCCCAACCCGCUGGACCUGAAUCCCCAGACAGAGGAGUGCCAGGAUACCCUGCCUUUCCUGAAACUGGUUCGGCCUCGCAGGAGUGCACCUAAAGGCCGGAAACCAUGGGCGCGCAGAGCGAUUGCAGCCCACUGUGAAGUUCACCCACGACUGGGACAGGACGGAGCGCAGGCGGGUGUGGACGGGACGGUGAGUGGCUGGGAAGAGGCCAAAAUCAACAGCUCCAACCCACUGCGCUAUGACCGCCAGAGCGGGCAAUUUAUGGUCACCCAGGCUGGGCUGUACUACCUGUACUGUCAGGUGCACUUUGAUGAGGGGAAGGCUGUCUACCUGAAGCUGGACCUGCUGGUGGAUGACAUGCUGGCCCUGCGCUGCCUGGAGGAGUUCUCGGCCACAGCGGCCAGUUCCCUCGGGCCCCAGCUCCGUCUCUGCCAGGUGUCCGGGCUGUUGCCCCUGUGGCCAGGGUCCUCCCUGCGGAUCCGCACCCUCCCCUGGGCCCAUCUCAAGGCUGCCCCCUUCCUCACCUACUUUGGACUCUUCCAAGUUCACUGAGGGGGCCCUGGUCUCCCGGUGGUUUGCCAAGGCUGCUGGCUCCCCACGGCAGCUCUCUGAGCACCCCAGUCCCCUCUGCCCACCCUGAGCGGCUCCUCCCCCAGACCUGCCU